AUGGCCGGCCAACCAAGUCCAGCCAGAGCAUCGCGGGGAUCGUCGGCGGUAAUCCGAAGGGUUCCAGUGCCAUUCAAACGCGACCACGACGACUCUUCGGUGUACAUCCUUAGGGUCAGGCGGGACAUUGCGGACAUCAUGGCCGACCCGCCGCCAUUAAUCUACAUCGCGCCGGAGGAGAACGACGUCACCCAGAUCGACGCUCUGGUGGUGGGACCUUCCGACACGCCGUAUGAGGGUGGGUUUCUGCGAUUCCGCAUCAUGUGUCCAAACGAGUAUCCGAUCGAGCCGCCCAGAGUUUGUUUCCUGACCACAGACGCUGGCCGUGUGCAGCUACACCCGAACCUAUACCCGGACGGCGAGGUGUCUCUGAGCAUUAUCGGCACAUGUACCGGGCCGCCAUGGAGCCCGGCCCAGUCUAUAGGCAGCCUGCUAGUUUCCAUCCAGUCGCUGCUCACCGACGACCCUUACUACGAGUCUUACGUCCCCAAAGGAAUGCACCAGGAAGCCGCGAACAAAUACAAACUCUUCGUGCGCCACGAGGUUGUUAGAGUAGCAGUGUGCGACGUGGUGGAAAGCUGCCUCGAGGACAACUCUUCGCAUCCGGCAGUGCUUCGGGAGAAAGUGCUGGAGUUGUUCCUCGAGUUUUACGACAGUUACGAGGAAGCUGUCAGGAGCCACCUGCAUCUGACUGGCACCAAAAUGCAAGACCCGAUUAGCCUCGCUCGCGGUGUCUAUCAGCACGAUACGCUGUUGACACGGCUUCAGCACCUGAAGGCGAAAGUGCAGAAACAAAGAAAGUGUGUGCUUUUAAAUGGAAUCCAGUAG